UUCAGCCCUCUCAGCGGACUCAGAGCAGUGACUCAGCAUUUUGUUUUGCGCUAACCCCUCUGAAGCGAGCCGGAGGUGGUGUGAGUGCGGUCCGUUUUAUCUGCGCAUUGUAAACGCAAAGCUCGCCGUAGAGAGAGACCACACGCUACCUCAGCAGGACGCUUCAAAAACCCAAACACAACGGAACCAUGGCAACAGUUAGCGACAGCACGACCGGUGGACGCCUCCUCCUCCAGUCUGCAUGUUGAAAUGUCCUUGAGCAAGAUACUGAACCUCAAAUUGCUCCCGAUGGCUGUCUCAGACACGGCAGCAGCUCUUCACUGAAAACUUCCUGCAGCUUCAUUCUACGCCUCAGAAUGGACUUCCAAAUCUUUGCCCUGGUGAUGUUGUUCCUGGCCUGUGUGGAGCAGGGCCUGGCCUCCUGUGUGGUUGACAGUUUCACAGUCAAAGAGGACUUUGACCCCAAGAGAUAUGAAGGAAAGUGGUAUGCCCUGCAGAAGAAAGACCCCGAGGGUUUGUUCCUGCAAGACAACAUCUCUGCUGAGUACACAGUUGGAGAUGAUGGUGCCAUGAUUGCUUCCUCCAGGGGCAGAGUGACUCUCUUUGGGUUUUGGGUUGUCUGUGCUGACAUGGCUGCUCAGUACUCCGUGCCUGACCCCGGCACCCCUGGCAAGAUGUUCAUGAACUACCAGGGCCUGGCCAGCUACCUGUCGAGUGGCGGUGACAACUACUGGGUCAUUGACACAGACUAUGACAACUAUGCCAUCACCUAUGCCUGCCGCACCCUGAAGGAGGAUGGAAGCUGCGAGGAUGGAUACUCCCUGGUCUUCUCCCGCAACCCACGUGGCCUCCCCCCUGCCAUCCAGAGAGUCGUCCGCCAAAAGCAGGAGGAAAUCUGCAUGGCCGGAGAGUUCCAGCCUGUGCUGCAGUCUGGAGCCUGCUAGACUGUUCAUUAGCUGGAGUUUGUCAAGCCCUUUGUUAUCCUGGAUUGAUAAUCAUUGUCCUGUCUAAACUGAAGCCAAAGAUCUUCUCAAAGACGCAAAUAUGAGAAUAAUCAUGCUAUGCUCAUGAUUGACCAUGGUUCAGUGUCAAGUGAGAGAAUUUGCAGAUAAAUCCACUUCAACGCCCCAUGAAAAAUUUAAUAAUGCUUCCAAGGUGAAACUAUAUUUCCAAAUCCAAACCACUGAAAAGUAGCGGUUGAGUGAAUGUAAUGAAAUCCCCAACCACACAGUAUUGUCACAUUGAUGGGUACCAUCUGCACUGUGUAAUCAUUCUGUAAUGGUGACAAUAAAUUUUGUAAAGAAA